AUUUCAACGAAAUAAUUACGAUUGUUGUUUUCAAUAUUUUGACAUCGACACAUGUCACUCGCUGUUUCGCGUAGAAAUAAUUAAUUUUCGGGCAAUUGGAAGCUGGGAGACAAUUGAAUUUGUGACACGAGACAAAUUGAUGAAACGAACAAGAGCAGCUGCGAAAAUUCAGCAGCAAAAUACGAUCGAAAAUAAUAAGAAUGAUGAAACUACACCAAAGAUCGAUCAAACGACAUCGAUGGUGAUAUUGAAUGAGAGACAAAAACUAAACUUCAAGUCUUUACAAAAUCAAAAUAGUAAAAAUGCAAGUGACACAAGCAAUCCUUAUAUUACUGCAUCCUCUAAGAAAUCCAAGAAUAAUCGGAAAGAGCCAGACGUGGAAAGUAGCAUCAAGGAAGAAAAGUUGAAACCAAACACAAGUCCUAGCAAAGGAAAACUAAGAGCUGUUGUGGAUUUACAGAUGAUGAAGAAGGAACUGAGUCAAUUAGAAGAUCUUCCUAAAACACCUUUGGAAAAGGAACUAUCUUCUAGUCGAUUACAAUACAAAUUCUAUGAUAUUCCCUGUGAAGAACUAGCACAGCAGCUCCUAGGGAAAGUGCUUGUGAGAUAUCUCGAGAAUGGAACUAUUCUCAAAGGCAGAAUUGUAGAGACUGAGGCAUAUUUAGGCACGAUUGACAAAGCAUCACAUACCUGUCAAAACAAGGUUACACCUCGUAAUCUACCAAUGUACAUGCCACCAGGAACUAUUUAUGUUUACAUGACAUAUGGCAUGUACUACUGCUUCAAUAUCUCUAGUCAAGGUGACGGAUGCGCGGUAUUGGUGCGAGCCGUUGAUCCUCUAGAGGGUACCACGUACAUGGCUAACCAGCGUAAUAUGAAGAGAAAAAUCGAACGGAAUCUAAAGCCGCAUGAAUUGUGCAACGGCCCUUCGAAGUUCUGCAUGGCAUAUCAGAUUAACAAGGAACACAGUAGAUAUUCUCUUUGUACAUGGAAAGGUCUGUGGAUCGAAGAUGAUGGUGCAGCGGGGGAUUUUAAGAUCGUCAAAUCCACCAGGAUUGGAAUCGACAGCUGUGGUUUAGAAUGGGCCAGCAAACUUUUACGCUACUAUGUUUACGGCAAUAAAUCUGUCAGCAAAAAAGAUAAAAAGGCAGAGAUGGAGAUUUCUUAAUAUUUCGAGAGUAAAUUUGAAUUAUUUUGUCUGAUAAACAUAAAGAAGUUCAAUCUGCACUUCUUCAUGUUUCCAUAAAGAAGAAAUCAAUACAUCAAUUUUAAUAGAUAUACAUCAUUUCUAAAUCAUUAUAAA